UCAAUAUUUGCGUAUUUCUUUAUCUCAGUCGAGACGCAGUUGUAGUCGUGUCUACCUCGAUCACCUUCAUAACCUGACUAAGAACACAACUUUUUGCGCGUCAGUUUUUGCGCGUUGGUCUUGACGAGGAGCAGCAUUCUGGAAGAAGUACUCCUCACGCAUUACAAAGAUCAGAGUUGAUAGAAAGUUAAAACAUUCACCGAUUUGCAGGAUUCAAUAUCAACGUUGACAGACCUAAAAAAUAUCAGUGAGAUGACACGAAACAGCAAAGACUACAUUGAAGAUGUGUUAAGCAUGUCGGAUCUUCCAAACGCUAAAGACGACCAAAGUGAAAUUCCUCAAUUCUUCGCGGGAUGUAACGUCCUAAUAACGGGCGGUUCCGGUUUCAUUGGUAUACUUCUAAUAGAAAAAUUAUUGAGAUGCUGCCCGAAUAUAGGAAAGCUAUACAUAUUCAUGAGGGAGAAAAAAGAUAAAAAACCUGACGAGAGAUUUAAACAACAUUUCGACAGCCCAGUUUACGACAGACUGAAAAAAGAGCAGCCCAACUAUAAUUCUAAAAUAAUAAUGAUAGAAGCCGAUAUGACCAAGUUGAAUCUUGGUUUGUCACAGAGAAAUCGAGAACGUCUGUUAGACACAAACGUAAUUUUCCACGCAGCAGCGACUGUACGAUUUAAUGAAACAAUUCGAACUGCGGUGACCAUAAACGUUAAAGGAACGAAGCAGCUUCUGUUUUUAGCAAAAGAAAUGCCGAAUUUAAAAGCAUUCGUCUACGUAUCAACUGCAUUUGCUCAUUGUGUAAACAAUUACAUCGAGGAAAAACAUUAUCCAACGCCUAUGGAAACGGAUAAGAUUUUGACCUUGCUCGAUAUUUUGAACGAUGAACAAUUGGAGAAACUCACGCCAACAUUAAUAGCUACAACCACUGGCACUUAA